GCGGCGGGCACGGCGACGGUCACGGAGACGGCCACGGCGGUGGACACGACGGAGGGCAUGGCGGCGGUCACGGUGGUGACCACGGCGGCGGCCAUGGCGGCGGCCACGGCGACGGGCACGGCGGUGGUCACGACGGAGGGCAUGGUGGGCACGGGGGCCACGGGGGCCACGGGGGCCUGGAGUUCGACUGGGACGCGGUCGGGAUCUGGGGGCCCAAGCCGCACCACGACCACGGCGCGGAGCACUUCUUUCACGAGAAGUUCCCGCUGCCCGACCCCAUGAGGGUUCGGAAGCUCUACGGCAACGACAGGGGGGACCCGCGGAUGGUGGACCCCGUGAGGCACCUGGGCAGCGAGCGGGUGGAGGCGAGCAAGGCCGCGGCGCGCAAGAAGAAGCUGAGUCAGGCCGAAGCCGCAAUCGUGGGCCACUUCGUGGCUCUGGCCCUGCUCCCCGCCGCGCUCUUCCUCGUGACGCUCCUGUCCGUCGGGUUUUUCUACGAGUCCUCGCCCGAGUGGGUGCUUUUGGUGUGCGGCCUGGCGGUGGUGAAGUCCGUGGUCUGCCUGACGUGCUUCCGUCACGGCUGGACGAAGUGGCUCGGCCCGUUCCUCUUGGCCGCGUCUCUGGCUGGCACAACGGUCGGCCUGUACUAUUACUACAAGUACCUGGCAAUGUACAACCACUACAAGGCCUCGUCUUCCUUCACCAACGUGGCCCCCUCGCAGAACGCGCUGCUCUUCGAGGGCUCGGGCAUGCUGCGCUUCACGGCGGACGCGUACGUGGACCGGCAGCGGUCCGUGGGCUACCUGUCCGCGAGGAGGCGCGAAACGCUGUGCGUGGCCCCCGUCGUGGACCUCCGCAUGGGUCCCUCAGAGGAGAUCGCGUUCUUCGCGGCGGGGGUGAACUGUUGCCACUGGCGCGGGAGUUUCGACUGCGACGACGCUGGCGUGGGAAGUGCGAG